AUCUCCCAUAAUAAAAUACUAAAAUCUAUAUCGCUUUCUCUAGUCUUUACUCUGGUCGUUCAAAAUGAAAGGAGGCAGCGUCUCGUUUCUCUCCGUUAUUCUCUUCGCCACCGUCACCUCCGUCCUCUGCUUCCGUGACGGAAUGUUACCAAACGGCGACUUCGAGCUAGGACCUAAACCAUCGGACAUGAAAGGAACGCAAGUGAAAAACAAGAACGGAAUCCCGAGCUGGGAGCUUUCAGGCUUCGUCGAAUACAUUAAAUCCGGUCAGAAACAAGGAGACAUGCUUCUCGUCGUCCCCGCCGGAAAAUUCGCCGUCCGGUUAGGCAACGAGGCGUCGAUCAAACAGAGAAUUAGCGUGACAAAAGGAAUGUAUUACUCGCUCACGUUCAGUGCCGCGAGGACUUGUGCUCAAGACGAACGGCUCAACAUAUCGGUGGCACCUGACUCGGGCGUUAUUCCCAUACAGACGGUGUACAGUAGCAGCGGGUGGGACCUCUACGCUUGGGCGUUUCAAGCCGAGAGCGACGUGGCAGAGAUUUUGAUUCAUAACCCUGGCGAGGAAGAAGAUCCUGCUUGUGGUCCACUCAUCGAUGGUGUGGCAAUCAAGGCUCUAUACCCUCCGAGGCCUACCAAUAAGAAUAUAUUGAAGAACGGAGGAUUUGAAGAAGGUCCGUAUGUACUCCCAAACUCCACAACCGGCGUUCUGAUUCCUCCCUUCAUAGAGGACGACCACUCUCCUUUACCCGCUUGGAUGGUCGAAUCCCUCAAAGCCGUCAAGUAUGUUGACGUCGAGCACUUCUCGGUCCCACAAGGCCGUCGAGCAGUCGAGCUGGUCGCGGGAAAAGAAAGCGCAAUCGCUCAGGUGGCUCGGACCGUUGUGGGAAAGACUUACGUGCUGUCGUUUGCGGUUGGAGAUGCCAACAACGCGUGCAAUGGAUCGAUGGUAGUCGAGGCGUUUGCGGGAAGAGACACUUUGAAGGUUCCUUACGAGUCGCGAGGGAAGGGUGGCUUUAAACGCGCUUCUAUGCGGUUCGUGGCGGUUUCGAACCGCACGAGGAUUAUGUUUUACAGCACGUUUUACUCAAUGAGAAGCGAUGAUUUCUCGUCGCUUUGUGGCCCCGUGAUCGACGAUGUUAAGCUCCUCAGCGCUCGCAAGCCGUAAAAUGGUCAUUGUUUUAGUUUGAAGGUUUUACGUAUAAGCAGUGUGGUUUUUUUUUUAAUAUUUUUUUCGUACUCUGGUGCUUUUGAAAUGAGAUGGUUAAUCCUGAAAGAGUUGUUGUCGUGUAGGGAUUCUAUAUGAGGCAGAAAGGUCUUGCUUAUAUCUAUUUUCUUGUAUGAGAAGGCUGAAGAAAUGUUGUCUUUCUUAAUUACUAUUUAUGGUUUUUUGGGAUAUCAGAUGAUUUACGAAAAUAAAAUGUUAUACAGAUUUACGUAUUGAGGUCGUGAAAUGUUUAUCGACAGAGGAUUGGCCAUAAGGAUUUACGUACAUCCAAAAAAUUUGCC